AUAACUCAAAAUUCCCCACAUGCUGAUUUUCAUUACGGGAUAAUAUUGCUUCAACACUCGUCAGAGUUUUGGUGUGUUAUGGCUGGAACUUGAACUAAACACUCAAAGAGCACUCAGCAGAAAUGGCACAGAGAACCUUACAACUGUCUUAUAGACAUUUUUGGCGACUAUUACGUCCUGUGAUUGCUCACAAAUGCCCUUUCAAAUGCAGUAGAUUUUAUUCUAAUAGAAUAUUUCAAAAUCGUAUUCUCAGUUUAUCAUCAAUCCUCUUACAAGAUGGGCUUGAUGUCACAGAAUUACCAAUAUUUAUUCGUAAACUGGACCUCAGUAAAUUUCCAUACGAAAAUGAAAAAUGUGUUACUCAGGUAAAACCAAUGACAACCGAAGAAGAAUUCUUCCAAGAAAAAUUAGAACAAUGCAAUAAUCUGAAAGAAGUUUUCAAACUGUUGGAAGUUCCUUCAGAUGUGAUCACAGGUUAUACUGCAGCAUUUGCUUUGCAGAAAAUCUGCCAUUUUCAGAGGAAUGAUACUGUUAGUGAAGCUGUUGAUUCCUUCAUACAAACAGCAGUAAUGAAUGAACUGUAUGAAAUGGUGAAAAAAGAAGUAACCACUUUAAGUAAUGACACAUUAUUUUGCCUCAUGCGUUGCGUCCUUACAUCAGAUUACAAUAUAAUGGGAUCGACACAGUUCUUGUUUGAAGAGAUAGAAAAACGUAUUAGUAAUAGUAAAUUUAGCAUUGCAGAACUAUGUGAACUGAGUUGCAUUGCUUCAUUUCAUUCUCAACAGACUCUUAUUGAGACCUGCUGGGUUCAUAUCGGAAACCGCUAUGAUGAGAUCGAUGCAAGUAAUAUCCAUUUAGUUUUUCGAUGCAUUCCUACUUCAAAAAAACCCUUAAUGAAACUAAUUCGGAAGCAAUUCUUUUUGUGUUGGUGGAAACUGAAAGGGUCAGAUGUUGCUAGUAUUGUCUUAGACAUGCUUCGUUUAAAGAUGAAUGAUAUCAAAAUCCUACAAUGUAUUGGAAAAUGGACCCGUAUGAAUAUACAUGCUUUGAAUGAUGCUCAUUUAACUCAAAUUAUUGCUGGAUUUUUACAUUUUCAUUAUACUGAAUCAAGUAUUAUAAAAUCUCUUGAGCGAUAUAUUCCUGCUAAAAUUGCUAAAAUCGAUUAUAACCUGUUGGCUUUAGCAAUGGAAUAUUGUCGAGCUCAACGUUAUUUGUCUCCGUUACUAUUUGAUAUUGUAGCAGAAGACUUUAUUAAAAAUGGUCAAAAUUAUUCGUGCCUACAGCUUUAUUCAAUUCUUCGACCCUAUGGACAACUGAAUUAUUUGCCAACUGAAAGUACCAAGUUUUUCUUGAAAACAGAAGAAGUUCUACAAUCUAAAAUAUCAGACUUUACACUUCCAAAUAUUGUAGAGCUUUUAUGUUCUUUCGCAUUCUUGCAACGAUAUCCUCUCAACUUCUCACAUUUCAUACUUACACCAUCAUUUUUGUCCAAGAUCAAAAGUAUCACCAGUGAAAAAGUACAGACAAUGGUUGGAGAAUGGCUCGAGAUGCUCCAGUCUGCUUUUCUCUUGGAAACAAAAUGCCAUAACAUACCUCUCAGAUUUAAAUUACCGUACCAAAUAAAAUGUAUGCCAACUACAGUUCUCCAUCGAAAAGUUUUGAAAAAUCUCAAUCAUAUCAUUGGUCUUGAGAAAAUAGAGACUACAAAAUUAGCUGUGAAAUCAAUAUACACGAUUGAUUUUGAAAUCUCACUUGAUUCUGAACAACUUCCACUCUCAGUUGGUGCUUCACAUCAGAAUGUUCAUUCAAGACUUGCUGUCAUUCUUCAUCAACCAGAGCAUUAUUGUGUCAAUACAAACAUACUACUGGGUGAACAAACAAUGAAAGUACGGCAUCUUAAACUACUUGGUUACAAAGUUAUCAAGGUCCAUUAUGCCAUGUUACAAUACUCCAAAUUUCGGCAGCUGAAAUAUUUGCACACUUUACUGCAACCCUACAUCAACAGAGAUGUAUUCAGCCAUCUUGAAACACAACCAUCUCAGGAAAAUACCUCUUCUUGAUCAAAAGCAUCUGUGAAUUAUUUCAUUUUUCUUUCUAUUGUAGAUUAAAAUCAUUGCGGUGUUAAAAACAAUAUUUUAACUGUUGCCAGUAAAUUAUUAUAUUCUUGUCAAA